AUGACUUUCUCCAGCCUGUGGUAUCCAGAAUGCGGGGUGGCCCGACCCAGUCCAGUCACUGGCAGCUCCAACGAGCCGUGCGUUAGGCAGUGCCCUGACUCCGAAGUGGUGAUCAGACCCUUACCAGUUGUCGUGACCCUCCCCGGACCAAUUCUCAGCAAUUUCCCUCAACAGAGCGAAGUGGCAGCUGUAGGAGCACCUGUGGUCGGAGCCGGUUUCGGAGGCUCAUAUGGUUUGGGGGGAUUGUACGGCUAUGGAGGCCAUUACGGAGGAUUGUAUGGUUUAGGAAGAUUAGGUGGUUACGGUGGCCGUUUCGGAUAUGGGGGAUUAUUGGGCAAUGGGGGAUACUAUGGUUACCCAGGUCUUUAUGGUUAUGGGGGAUUAUGGGGAAGUGGGGGACACUGCGGUUACCCGGGCCUUUACGGUUAUGGGGGAUUAAGUGGUUCUGGGGUAUCUUGCCAUAGGUACCUCAGUGGAAGCAGUGGGCCAUGUUAA